AUGAACUCAAGCAGAUCGUGUGUCCUACACUCCCACAGAAUCGAAUCAUCCGUUAAAAAUGGUGAUAAAAUAUUGAAGAUCAAGUCACAUGCAUUUACAAGAUUCUAUGUCUCAAACGAAAUCAUUUCACGGACUUUGUUCAUUUGUUGCAUUGGUGUAAAUGGGCAAUUGGGCAUUGGAAUUUGGAAGUUCUUCAAUUUCAAACUGGAGGAAAAUGAUGGAAUCAGGUUAGCCAGCGACCUAGUCUUGGAGAAGCGGGCUCGGUCGGGCUCGGCUUGUAGGGGUGUUCGUUCGGCAAUUCGAUUCGGAAGAGGUUUGGAAAUGCAAGACGAUAGAGAAAGAUCAAGAGGCCGAAGCCGUGGCGGCGGCAGCGGUGGUGGAGGAGGGGGAUCUAGUAAGGAUAAAAUUGAUGCUCUUGGCAGACUACUGACGCGGAUUUUGCGUCAUAUGGCUUCAGAGUUGAACUUGAAUAUGAGAAGUGAUGGGUUUGUCAAAGUUGAGGAUUUACUAAAGCUGAAUAUGAAAACAUAUGCUAAUGUUCCAUUAAGAUCACAUACUAUUGAUGAUGUUAAAGAGUCUGUUAGAAAAGAUAAUAAGCAGCGAUUCAGCCUCCUGGAAGAAGGUGGGGAGCUUCUGAUACGUGCUAACCAAGGCCACACAAUAAAGACAGUUGAAUCUGAAAGUCUGUUAGAACCAAUCCUUUCACCUGAGGAAAUUACAGUUCUAGAAUUGCAUCAGAACCCAGUUGUAGAAGGCCCGCCGAAGAAAAAGAAUACGAAAUUCGAUCAUUUAAUUCUGGGGUCUGCUGCCGGUCAAGGCUUGCCUAAUCGCUUGCAAUGCCAAGGCACGAAAGCGCUGAACAAGACACAUUUGCCGAACUCUUCCAGUGCCGGAGAAAGCAUUGCCUUUGUCACUGUCUUUACUGUUUAUAACCCUUCAUUAGCUGCUGACUCUAGAUUAUCAAAUUUGGUCACUGUUGGGAAUGCUUCCUACACUAAAACAGAGAGGUCAAUGGCUGUUUUGAAUGUCUUCAUUAACUUCAUCCAGGUGACAAUGCCUCGGAGCAAUGUUGUCAUUCUGACUGAUCCAGCUUCUGAUCUUUCGCUGCGUAGAAAUAGUGUCACUGUGUAUCCCAUUCAGGGUGAUUAUUCGCGAGGCAAGUUGAUGCUUCAAAGGAUCAGAUCUUACAUUACCUUUCUAGAAACUAGGCUUGACGAACUUGCUCAGAACCCAGGUCAUAUAAGUCAUUACAUCUUCACUGACUCGGAUAUAGCUGUAGUUGAUGACCUUGGACACAUGUUUAAGGAUCACCCGAACUUUCACCUGGCUCUUACCUUCCGGAACAACAAGGAGCAACCUUUAAAUUCAGGAUUUAUAGCUGUAAGGGGGACUGCUGAUGCAAUUUUAAGGGCAAAGAUUUUCCUUCAAGAAGUACUAAAAGUUUACAGUUCCAAGUUUAUGAAUGCUUCUCGAAUGCUUGGAGAUCAGUUAGCUCUUGCCUGGGUUGUAAAAUCUCACCCUGGAUUUGAUUUGAGAAGAUUUACCAAAGCACAGGCUUUUCUAGAAAAUAUUGGUGGUGCUUCAGUGCUAUUUCUACCAUGUGCCACAUAUAAUUGGACACCUCCUGAGGGGGCAGGCCAAUUUCAUGGCAUGCCUUUGGAUGUCAAGGUUGUUCAUUUCAAGGGAUCAAGGAAGCGCCUAAUGCUGGAGUCUUGGAAUUUUCUCAGUUCCUCUUCUGACAUUUUUGAUAUGUUAUGCCUUAUUCUAUUGAGUGGGAGAACAAAGUACGAUUUUUGA